AUGAAGCGGACUGCGUCGAAGCUGCCUCUGCUCGCGGCCCUGCUCGCCGCCGUCCUGCUGCUCCUGGCCCCGGCCGCCGCGUCCAAGGCCAUCGACGCCAGCAACCCCCAGCGCCUGGAGCUACCAGACACGCUGGCCAUCGGCCCUGAGAGCGUCGCGUUCGACGGCCACGGCGCCGGGCCCUACGUCAGCGUCUCCGACGGCCGCAUCCUCAAGUACGGCGGCGAGGGUGCUGGCUGGAGGACGUUCGCGUACAGCCCGAGCUACACCAAGAACAACUGCGACGCCUUCUCCGACCUCCCGCCGGUUGCCACGGAGAGCUCGUGCGGCCGACCGCUCGGCUUGAGGUUUCAUGUCGACUCCGGGAACCUCUACAUCGCAGACGCCUAUAUGGGUUUGAUGCGUGUCGGCCCAAAUGGCGGGGAGGCGACCGUGCUGGCUAAGGAGGCCGGCGGUGCGCCGUUGCGCUUCACGAACGGCGUGGACAUCGACCAGGUCACCGGUGAUGUCUACUUUACCGAUAGCAGCACGACGUACACACGAGCGCAACAUCAGAUGGUCACCACGACGGGAGAUUCAACCGGACGCAUCAUGAAAUACGACCCACGGACUAAUCAAGUCACCGUGCUUCAGUCCGGCGUGACGUACCCUAACGGUAUUGCCGUCAGUGCUGAUAGGACCCAUCUUAUCGUUGCGCUUACUGGACCAUGCCAGCUAAUGAGGUACUGGAUCCGAGGACCUAAGGCCAACACAUCUGAGCCGUUCACUGACUUGCCGGGAUACCCCGAUAAUGUGAGGCCCGAUGGGAAGGGAGGGUACUGGGUGGCGCUGCAUCGGGAGAAGUUCGAGCUUCCGUUUGGUUUGGAUAGACACUUGCUCGCCAUUAGGAUUGGCGCUGAAGGUGAAAAGCUGCAAGAGAUGAAGGGACCUAAGAACGUGAGGCCGACCGAGGCGGUGGAGAGAGAGGGUGGCAAAAUAUAUCUUGGAUCCGUAGAGUUGUCGUAUGUCGGUAUUGUUAGCACAUAGAAGUUUAACUAGGUUUAAGAUACAUUUAUCUAGUUCUUAGAGUAUUGUUUAUAUGUACCGAGCUGUUGGUCUUUAUAAUUAAUAAAAAGUUACUGAAUUAUGA